CAUUGUUUAAUUUCUAAAUGAAAAACGCACUUUUUUUCCUGGUAGCCUUUCUUCCUAAUCCCAGACGUGUGGGGAGAGCUUGGGUGUAAUUAUUUAGUAUUUAGGAAAUAGGAGGAGGGGUAAGAAAGUGCUUCUGGAUCCAACAAGAACGCUCUGUUAAGUAUUCCAGUCUUUUUGUGCUUAGAUAAAUGAUUGCAAUAUCCACUUCGUCUUGCCUCUCUUCUUUCAUCAUUGGAGCUAGCUUUAAGCAGGAUUAUCAGAACCUGCCAAUUGACAUACAGACUAGCAAGCUACUUGACUGGCUAGUAGACAGGCGACACUGCAGCUUGAAAUGGCAAGGCCAGGUCCGCAUUGUCCGUGAGAAGAUUGCCAUGGCCAUUCAAGACAUGCCAGAGAAUGAAGAGAUCAAGCAGCUUCUCUCUGGUUCCUAUAUUCACUAUUUUCACUGCCUCAGGAUUGUAGAGAUUCUUAGAGGAACAGAGGCUUCCACGAAAAACAUCUUUGGUCGCUACUCUUCUCAGCGUAUGAAGGACUGGCAGGAGAUUGUAUCACUGUAUGAAAAAGAGAACACCUACUUGGUGGAAUUGGCCAGCCUUCUGGUACGGAAUGUCAGCUACGAGAUCCCCUCCCUCAAGAAGCAGAUUGGCAAGUGUCAGCAACUGCAGCAGGAAUACAACCGUAAGGAGGAGGAGUGCCAGCUGGCGGCCACCGAGAUGAGGGAGCGCUUCUACAGUUCCUGCAAGCAGUAUGGCAUCACGGGAGAUGAUGUGCGCCGGGAGCUUCUGGCUUUAGUGAAAGACCUGCCAUCACAGCUUGAUGAGAUUGGGGCUGGUGCCAAGGGGCUUUUGGAAGCCAUCAACCUGUACCAGGCCUGUGUGCAGUUUGUGUGUGACAGCUCCACAGAACAGGUAGUCCCAUUGCUGAGGCAUAUGCAGGCUUGGGGCAACACUACUGUCUAUGAAUGGAGGCGGGGAGUCAAGCCAACCUUAGUAGAACGGCCAAAGCCAGAGGAAGUGAAGGAGGCAGUAGACCAAGAGGCGCUGCAGAUUGACUGGGGUGAGUUUGGAGAAGAGUCAGCAUCUGCUCCUGAGGUGGUUGAUCAUGGCAUCUCAGUUGAAGGAGCAAGUGAGGAGAUAGACUGGGGGAUUUCUCUGGAGUCAGAUACUCAGGAGAGCAAUGCUGCUUGCAUAGACUGGGGAGAUGGAAGUGAUGACAUAGCUCAGAUAAUGGUACUGGAGGAUGGCAGCGAGGUUCCAGAGGAAGUUGCCAGAGGACCUGAUGCUCUCACUCUUCUGGAGACCCCAGAGACCCGGAAUCAGUUCAUUGAUGAGCUAAUGGAGCUGGAGAUCUUUCUAUCCCAGCGUAUUGUUGAGACAAAUGAAGAGGCAGAUAUCCUGUCUGUGAGCCAGUUCCAAUUAGCUCCGCCCAUCCUGCAAGACCAAACCAAAGAGAAAUUGGAAGUCAUGGUGACAGCCAUUCAGGAUCUCAUUGGCCGCCUGACUAGUUUGAGAAUGCAACAUCUUUUCAUGAUCCUUGCCUCCCCAAGGUAUGUGGACCGUGUGACGGAGCUCCUCCACCAGAAACUGAAACAGGCUGACCUGCUACUCUUAAAGAAGGAGCUGAUGGUUCAGAAGCGACAGGAGGCCCUGGAAGAACAGGGCACCCUGGAGCCAAAGCUUGACCACCUUGUGCAGAAAACCAAGGAACUGCAAAAACUGAUUGAAGCUGACGUCUCUAAACGGUACAAUGGCCGACCUGUGAACCUGAUGGGUGCUUCGCUCUGAUCCUUCCCCUCCCAAACACAUAUGCACCUUAGGCACACAUUGUGGGGUUGAAGCAGCAAUGCAAUAACCACAUCCUCAACCAAUGAGAAGGAAUUCCAAGGAGAAGAACCGAGGAGCAUAAGGACCAAGCAGAAGGGAUGCCAACUGGUCAAACUCUGAGAAUGAGGAAUGGCUAAUAGGGAAGAUUCCUUCCCCCACCCCCACUUCUAUAUGGAGCUGUAAGGACUCACUUGUUAACAGGUCCCUUGAACAGAUGUUUGAAUAAAGCUGCCUGCUCCACC